AUGGAUAAAUUCCUUAUAAAAGUACCAACGCGAACAACGCGAGCAAGUGCAGCCACUGCCUCACGAAAGAUCACUUCUCAGCUGGAACCUGAUGACGAGUUGGCUGUUCCUGUUGCGAAGCGCGCGGUGAAACGCCUUUCUCCUCGCCCAGACGAAGAUUUUGACGCGUCUGAAUCAGAAAGAGACGCGACUUCUGAAAAGGAUAUCAAGCAACCUGCACCAAAAAAGAGAAAAACACAGCCUUCAAGGAGUAAAGCUGAAAACUCCAAGAUCCAUGAAUUCCUGUUUUCUUCAAACGGAGAGACAAGUCCAACGCCAUGCACUCCUCCAUCCAGGCAACACCAGAUCACAUAUCACCGACCAUUGUUGCUGAAAGAGUCCUCCUCUCGUCAAGCGCUUCUCAAAUGGUUCGACGGUGUCAGCACCAAACGUUCAAUGCCAUGGCGCAAGGCCUGGAUAAGUCCAAAAGACCACGGGCAGGAUGAACUUCGGGAUCUUUUAGAGCGACGAGCAUAUGAGGUAUGGAUCAGUGAGAUCAUGCUACAGCAAACACGAGUGGCUGUAGUCAUCGACUAUUGGAACAAGUGGAUGGACAAGUGGCCUACGAUUCAUGACCUCGCUGCUGCGAGUUCCGAUGAUGUUCUUAGUGCUUGGCGUGGGUUGGGCUACUACAGUAGAGCAACACGGAUUCACGAGGCAGCAAAGCUUGUGGUGAACGAUCCGGCCAUGAAGGGUCUGCUACCCUCUGAUACCCAAAACCUUGAAGCCAAGGUUCCUGGUGUUGGGCGAUAUACUGCCGGUGCCAUCUCAUCUAUUGUCUUUGGAAGGGCUGCACCUAUGGUGGAUGGAAACGUUUUGCGAGUAUUAAGUCGGCAACUUGGACUGUUUGGCAACGUCAAGACGAACAAAACUGUCAUUGAUACGCUAUGGGCUGCUGCUGAUGCCCUCGUUAAGGCUAUCGCGCGAGAUGGAACCGAUAAACAGGAGGACGAAGAAGUUGAGACAAGUGAUCGACCAGGGAGAUGGGGACAAGCGCUCAUGGAACUUGGAAGUACUAUAUGUGUUCCUAAACCGAAUUGUUCCGAAUGUCCUAUCACUUCAACUUGUCGCGUUUACGCCGAAGGAAAAACGCUAGUCUCAAGCAAAGACCGAGACGCAAAGAUUGGAGAUAUCGAAGACUUGUGUGACCUCUGCGAAUCUUUCGAAGAAGAAACCUUGGACGAGACAGAAGUCAAAGUGGGGGACACCAAAGCUUCGAAAAAGACCACAACUAAAGGAGGCAAGCAGAUGACACUCUCGGCAUUCGCAUUCAAGGGGCCGACUGAAGACAAACCAGCUACGACCAAGGCAAAAGCAGCCAUGAGUCCCCGCGAUAUGGAGACUGUUGUCGAUCACGCGCGCAAAUUCCCACUCAAGGUGAUCAAAAAAGCCGUGAGGGAAGAAGAAACUUUGGUAUGCGUGAUUUGUCGAGAUGACGGCCAGUACUUGAUCCAGAAACGCCCAGAAAAGGGGCUCCUGGCUGGUUUGUGGGAGUUUCCGAGCCAUAUCCUCCAAGACGCCAAGGAUAGCAGCACUCCAGCGAAGAGACGAUCAAAAGCGCUGGCACAUGUCUCCAAGCUUGCCAGCGAACACGGGGACAAAGCAGUGAAACCCAAGCAUGUGGCCGAAUUGGGCAGUGUGCCCUGGCUUUUUUCUCAUAUAAAACUUACGAUGCACGUCCAUCUCUUUACUAUUGAGGACGGUGGUUUGGAUGAAACCGAUUCAUUGACUAAGGAUCGUUUGAGGUGGGCGACAAGUGAAGCUGUUGACGCAGAGUCGAUGGGAACCGGGAUGCUUCAAUAUUUUUCAAAAAAGAUGACAAGUUGGUUUGCCUCAGGCCGUCCGGCCAUUCUUGAUGCCAUUAACAGCGCCUGCGACUUGAUUGAUCAGCGAAUUUCUUCAGAUCUUGAAAAGACAAAACAAGAGCUCGACAAGGCUCUAAAACAGCGAGAUGACAAUGCGGCUCGUAUUGCUGGAUUAGCGGAUGAAAAUGCCAGAUUAAAGGAACAAUUGCAGCAACAAGCAUCUACCAAGCCUGCUGAAAGCACCGAGCAGACUCGGACGUCGCCUCCCCACAACCCCUCUGGAAAUGCAGACGAAAUAGACUGGAAGUUCGAGUGUGCUAAAGUGAGCCACAAGUUCAAGGCACUGUCGGAAACCUUCAAACAAGCAAAGGAUGCCUUGCGUAAGAGGAAGGAAGAAAGAGACCGAUGGUGCAAGCACGCCACCAUGUUGGAGGAGAAGCUCAAAACGACAGAGAGAGAACGCGGUAUCAAUGUUACAGAACGCGAGAACAGAAACACCAGAGCGAAAACACUUCCCGCCCCAAGAACAGCAGAAGAAGCUGCGCCCAGUCCCGAUACUAGCUUCACUUCUGAAGCUGGUAUCGGUCAAGCCGACCUGGAACUCCCGCCCUUGGCUGCUGCCUCUCUACAAGACAACAACCAGCCACUUCCAGACACUACGGCUGCUAACCCCAGCUCAGACGCGACAGAGAGCGAUACAGAGUCAAGGCACGAUAAUAACGAACUGCCAGAGUUGCCGCCCCAGAAUUAUGUCAAAAUCAAGGAAGAACCAUCAUCCGAUCCAAUCGUCAUAUCUGAAAGACAAGUGCAGAAAAGGAAGCGCGACAAUGAUGAUUCCAACGAUGUACCUCUACAAAGGGUCAAAGUAGAGGAAGACGAGCGCUCCUCAAGUCCAAUAGACCCCCUGGGAUCUGUCCCUUUGCCUCCGCACGAAAGCCUGGACCUGGGAAGUGGUGUUUCCCCGCUGCUCUUGACACCUCGAAAAUGUCGGGAGCUAGAAGGGUCGCAACGGCAAGAGAAGAUUAAAAGCGAAGCAUUUGCAACAGCAACGACAACUCCCCGAACGCUCUUCGUCAGGCCGGAUCCUCCAGAAAUAUCUCAUCCAGUCGGACGAACUUCCGCACUCACACCAAUGAGCGUGAAUCGUAGAGUGGUUCGGCCGGGUAAAGAAAAGCCCAUCACACCCCUCAGAAAGGGGCUGGAUCGGGGUAUCUCAACCUUGGCCGAUGACGGAGAAGCCUACAGGCAGAACAAAGGGGCGGGUGCAACCCCUAAGGGGAAGCUGGAUGCGCUAUUGAACCGUUCUGGUGCUCAAGAUGCGCCUGCUGCUCGAUUGACUCCCCGGUCGGCUGCGAGGCCAAACACCAUAGCAGAAGAUCUCGCUUUCCCAGGGCGGCGAGUACUUCCAUUUGAAGCGGCGGGUCGAGCUAAAGACAGGCCUCCCGUUCAACAGAUGCUUACGCCCAACCGAACACCAGCCGCAGCUUCUACAUCCAAGGUUACACCGCAAAACGCAAGAUCUCCGCUAGCCUCCAAGCAAGGAGCGCAAUCGGGGCUGCGGCACAAACCACUUUCUCAACUGCGUCUGGAUGAUUUCAAGAUCAACCCUCAGGCGAACGACGGGCAUGACUUUGCAUUUACGGACGUUAUACGCGAUAGGGACGAGAGGUCUCGAAUGCAAGGAUGCACCGAAAUGCACUGCUGCGGAAAGAAAUACCGGCAUCUCGCCGAAUCUCAUCGUCCAAACCCUCCCCUCACAGCUGCCCAACGUCAAGAAGAGCAGAAGUUGUUGGAAGACUACUUGGGUGAUAAUGCAUACAAGCUCGGAACCAUGGACAAGAAGGAACGCGAUGAGUUAUGGGUUGAAGCCAAAGCCCAGGAGCUUUCCAAUAAGUACAAUACGCACCGAUACCACUAUUCAAGAAUGCAAAGCCCUCCAGGAUAUUGGAACGCAGAUUUCCCAGAUACGCAAGAAUUACAGCAAGAGAGAUUAGAGGCUGCUCGGAGAGAAAAGCAGACAGUCAAGGAUAGACAUCGGGAGGCAAUGAGACCAGGUGGUAGAUGGCUGUUUCGUGAUGAGUAA